AGAUACGUCACGCCAAGUCACGAAUCGCGGUUUACGUAUGAAAGGUUUCUUUUUAUUUCUUCUCUUCUUCAUAUCUUUUUCUAUAUCAUGUCUGCUCAACCACAACAACAACAGCAACAACAAAAGUUAGCCGAAGAUAGCUCAAAGAAAAAUCUAGCUCAACUUGGUGCUCUUGAAGAAGAUGACGAAUUUGAAGAAUUUGCUGCUGAAGAUUGGGGAGAAGAAGAAGAAGAUCAAAACGAUGCCCAUUUUUGGGAAGAUAACUGGGAUGACGAUGAUGUUGAAGAUGAUUUCUCAAAGCAGUUACGGUAUGCCGAGCUUCAAAAGGAAUCCACUCAACCUCAACCAAUGAAAAUGUAAAUCAUACAACUCAUUAUUACCCUUUCAAAAGAUUCAACUAUAAAACGUCAACCAGCAUUACAAUUCAAUAAAGAAAAAAAAAUUGAUCCUGUAUAAUUUUAUUUAACAAACGAGGAAAAAAAGAGAUAAGAGAUAGAGUAAACAUAGAAAGCUUCUUUGAUAUAAAAUAAUAAUAAUAAUAAUAAUAAAGAAGAUGCAUGCUAGAACAAAGAUAAGGGGGCGGUAGAAUAUGUCAAAAGACAUGUAUGUUCCUACAUGCAAAGUCGUAGCUUAUGGUUUGCCUACAAAGAGCUGAUAUAUAUAUACAUAGCCAUGAGCCAUCAUUUGGUUUAACUCCAUGAACUUGAGAUAAGGUCUUUUUGAACAUAAUCGUCAUAAGCAACAUU